CCCACCAAGAAGUUGGACUAGAGAGCAGCAUCUGAGCUCCAUGACCAGGUUUGUGAAGAGGAAGAGAUUGCUGCACAGCAGGCAUCACUCUCUGUGGAUACUGUUCAUUUUGCUGGGAGUCUGUAUUGCCAUUCAGACCUUUGUCACCCAUCAGGCCAGGAAUGGCAAGCUAGUACAACUCCAGCAGAUGAAGUUCUCUAUCAAGAAAGAAAAAGAGUUUCCUCACAUAAGACCUGAAGACACAAGAUUACAACAAAUGGAACAAACUGCAAAUGGUAAUCAUCAACAUGAGCAACAUGAAAAGCCUUCAUAUUCUUUAAUCGGCAGGCUUGCAAGCUCUCAACAGGAGGGGAGAAAAGUUACACUGGGCAAGCUGCUUCUACCAAAAGACCGAAACAAACCAAACGUUGACCUUCCAUCUUCUCUGGUUUCCCAUAGUACCCGGAAAGACAUAAAUCUAGGGACAGAAAAAAGACUCACCCGCUCUCCCACUCCUUCCAGUUUUUUGAAGACUCAGAACAAUACUCACACUCAAGCAACCUGCCAUCCAAAGUCUCACAUCGUUUUCCUCAAGACACACAAGACAGCAAGCAGCACUAUCUUAAACAUCCUGUAUCGCUAUGGCGAAAGCAGAAACUUGACCUUCGCUCUCCCUCUAAACAAACAGAGCCAGUUAUUUUAUCCAUUUUUCUUUGUUCCACAUUUUGUCGAAGGAGUUAGCAGCAGAAGUGUGAAAGAGUUCCACAUCAUGUGCAACCACAUGAGAUUUAAAAAAUCUGAGGUGGCAAAAGUGAUGCCUCAGGAUACCUUUUACUUUUCCAUCUUGAGACAUCCUGUGGCUAUGAUGGAAUCCAUCUUUAGUUAUUAUAAGAGCAUCCCAGCCUUCCGUAAGACAUUUAGCCUGGAGGACUUCUUAGACAACAGCUGGAGAAACUAUAAUGCAUCGGUAGCCAACAACCACUACGCUCACAAUAUUCUGGCUUUUGACUUUGGCUUUAAGAAUAAUAUUGCAGCUGGUGCUGGAGACUUUGAGGAGAGAACCACUGUGGCUAUUAAAACCAUAGAACAGGACUUUAAUCUUAUACUAAUUUCUGAAUACUUUGAUGAGUCCAUGGUCUUGCUCAAGUACUCCCUCUGCUGGUCCUUGGAAGAUAUGGUUUCCUUUCGGCUCAAUAGUCGCAGUGAACAAACUCGGCAUUCACUUUCACCGAACACUGCAGAAAAAAUCAAGAAGUGGAAUGCUUUAGACUGGAGGAUUUACCUGCACUUCAACACAACCUUCUGGCACAAAGUUGAUAGUCUUGUUGGACGACAGAAGAUGGAGAGGGAAGUAGCUCAGCUGAGAAAGCUACAAGUCAAGCUUGCAAACACUUGCCUGAAAGAUAGAUGUGCGGUUGACCCAUCACUGGUAAAGGAUGCUAGGCUGAAGCCUUUUCAGUAUGGAACAGCUGUCAUUCAGGGCUAUAACCUAAACCCAAACUUAGAUAUACAAACCAAAACAAAAUGUCAGAGAUUUAUCUUACCAGAACUGCAGUACACACAUCGUCUGUACACCAAGCAGUUCCCAAAGGAAGCUGCUAAGCAUAAACAGGCAACUAAGACUGUUAAAUAAUCACCUAAAGAAAAUUGCUAUGAUGGCAAAGCAUCAGAAAUGGGAAGACCUGAGCAGCCUGACCUUAAGAAGUAAAGUCAGGUCUCAAAAACCAAUGGGCCUCCACAAGUUCUCUGUU